CUCAGACUACAAAGGGACGAGAGGUCGGGCACCGGUUAAAAUGGAUACUUUCUUUGUAGAGGGGGCCCGUGUCUGGCUGAGACACAAAGAGCAGCUCCUCCCCUCCACCGUCAGCUCUUGUGAUGAUUCCUCCCUGGUCCUCACCACCGACUAUGGGAAGGUGUUCUACCUACAGAAGGCAGAGCUGAACAGAGAGACGGUCUACCCGAUGCACCCCAGCAGUGUCCACGGAGUAGAGGACAUGUCAACACUGGCAGAGCUGCAUGAAGCCGCCAUCAUGCACAACCUCUUUCUGCGCUACCAGAAAGACAACAUCUACACUAACAUAGGUUCUAUCCUGGCAGCGGUAAAUCCCUACAAGCAGAUAGCAGGACUGUACGACGGCACUGCAGUGGAUUUGUACAGCAAACACCAGAUGGGGGAGCUGCCUCCUCAUAUCUUCGCUGUGGCCAAUGAGUGUUACCGCUGCCUGUGGAAGAGGCACGACAGUCAGUGCGUUCUCAUCAGUGGGGAGAGUGGUGCUGGGAAGACAGAGAGCACCAAGCUGCUGCUGAAGUUUCUCUCCGUGAUGAGUCAAAACUCAGCAGGUGCUCCUCCGUCGGAGAGGACCACCAGGGUGGAGCAGGCCCUUGUCCAGAGCAGCCCCAUCAUGGAAGCAUUUGGGAACGCUAAGACUGUGUACAACAAUAACUCCAGUCGCUUUGGGAAGUUCAUCCAGCUCCACUUUUCCCAAAAUGGGAACAUUCAUGGAGGCUGCAUCAUCGACUAUUUGCUGGAAAAAAACCGUGUGGUUCGACAGAAUCCCGGAGAGAGAAACUACCACAUCUUCUACGCGCUGUUAGCAGGGGCUGACAAAGACCACAGAGACAUGUACUUACUGUCUGAAGGUCCUGAGUCAUAUCACUACCUGAGCCAGUCAGGCUGUGUGAAGGACAGCAGUCUGGAUGACAAGCAGCUCUUUGACUGUGUGAUGGAGGCUUUGAAAGUGAUGGAAUUCACAGAGGAGGAGAUCAGAGAUGUGUUCAAGUUGCUGUCUGCUGUCCUCCAGAUGGGCAACAUUGAGUUCAUGACUGCUGGUGGAGCUCAGAUCACUUCAAAAGGGGUGGUCAGUAAUGUGAGUGAACUGCUCGGCCUGGACUCCUUCCAGCUGUCAGAGGUCUUAACCCAGCGCUCCAUGAUCCUCAGAGGAGAGGAGAUCUGCUCACCCCUCACUGUGGAGCAGGCAGUGGACUCGCGGGACUCGGUUGCCAUGGCGCUUUACUCUCAGUGUUUCUCCUGGAUCAUAAUGAGGAUUAACCAGAAGAUUAAAGGAAAAGACAACUUCAAGUCCAUCGGCAUCCUGGACAUCUUCGGCUUUGAGAACUUUGAGGUGAACCGUUUUGAACAGUUUAAUAUCAACUAUGCCAACGAGAAACUCCAAGAGUAUUUCAACAAACACAUCUUCUCACUGGAGCAGCUGGAAUACAACAGGGAGGGGAUCCAGUGGGAGGCCAUAGACUGGAUGGAUAACGCAGAGUGUCUGGAUCUCAUAGAGAAGAAACUGGGCAUGUUGGCUCUUAUCAAUGAGGAGAGUCGCUUCCCCAAAGGCACAGACUAUACCCUUCUGGAGAAAUUACACAGCCGACAUGCAACAAACCUAUACUAUGUGAAGCCCCGAGUGACUGACCACCAGUUUGGCAUCAAGCACUAUGCUGGAGAGGUGCUUUAUGAUGUGCGAGGGAUCCUGGAGAAGAACAGAGACACCUUCAGAGACGACAUCUUGUUUAUUCUGAAAGACAGCAGGCUUGACUUUAUCUACGACCUCUUCGAGCGUGUCGGGAGCAGGAAUGGAGAUGAGACCCUGAAGAUGGGCACAGCCAGACGCAAGCCCACCGUCAGCUCUCAGUUCAGGGACUCUCUCCAUUCCCUGAUGGCCACACUAAGUGCCUCCAACCCCUUUUUUGUACGUUGCAUCAAACCAAACAUGGACAAGGUAGCCAACCAGUUUGAUCCUGAUGUCGUACUUAACCAGCUGAGAUACUCUGGGAUGCUGGAAACAGUGAAGAUCCGCAGGGCUGGGUUUCCUGUUCGCAGAACCUUCAAGGACUUCUACAGCAGGUACAAGAUGAUCCUGAAGAGCAAAAUCCACUCAGACGAUGAGAAGCAGAGCUGCUCUGAGCUGCUCAUACUCCAUGACAGAGCCAAGAAAGAGUGGCAACUGGGGAAGACAAAGGUGUUCUUGAAGGAGGCCCUGGAGCAAAGGCUGGAGAAAGAGAGGGAAGAGGUGCGGCGCAGGGCUGGCAUGGUGAUCCGCGCCCACAUCCUCAGCUAUGUGGCAAGGAAACAGUAUAAAAAGGUUCUGUCCAGCGUCGUCACCAUCCAGAAGAACUACCGCGCUCACUUUUGGAGACGCGUCUUCCUGCGCCUGCGCUUGGCCACCAUCGUCCUGCAGAGGCAUCACAGAGGCCAGCUGGCCCGAUCCUUCUGUCGCCAGCUCAAGGAGGAAAAACAGAAGCGGGAGGAAGAGGAGAGGAGGAGGAGAGAAGAAGAAGAAGAGGACAGAAGGCGAGUAGAGGAGGAGAAGAGGAGGAUGGAGGAGGAGAGGAGAAGGAGGGAGGAGGAGGAGGAGAAACAGAGGCUGAUGGACGAGGAGAUGAAGAGGAGGGCAGAGGAGGAGUCAAUGAGGAAGGAGGAGCUGAGACUGAAGGAGAAAGAGGAAGAGCAGAAAAUGGAAGAGAGCCGUCAGAUGGAGGAGAUCCUGCGGCUGGAGAGAGAGAUCGAGCGUCUGCAGAAGCAGCAGGAAGACGGCGUGUCCCUCCUCGGAGAUGUCUCUCAUGAGGAGCUACGCCAGAUGAGGGACGCUGAGAUCUACAGACUGGAGAAGGAAGCUUCCCGUGUUGCCACUGAGUUCCUGGAGCUGCUGGACUUCGGUGGUUUAGAGCCAUCCCUCUCGAGUGAGGAGAACCUCCACGACCCGACUGAAUCCACCGCCCCUCUGGCUGAGGAGGAGGUAGACGAGGGUUUCCACGCCGAGGAUGAGUGCAUUCCUCUGCCUGACUUCCCUCCUCCGGCUGUGGUUCCUCUGGACAAGGAAGUAUUCCAAAGUAUUCCCCCUCCUCCGCCUGCCUUUGCAGAAGGACUAAUGGUCUCCCCCUCUUCGGCCUCUUCUCCUACACUGGGAAAGCUCUCCACAGUUACCCCCAACGGACUGAGUCAUACCCCUGUUCUCACAGACUCCCAAACCCCCGGCCCUCCUCCUCCUCUUCCUCCCCCUCCCCCUCCUCCCCCCGUGGUCACUAAUGGAGAAAGUCAGCCAUGCCAGAGCACCAGCAGGGGGUCGGUCUUUGAGCAUGUGGGUGAGGAGCCGUCCCACUCAAACCUGCCAGACAUAGAGUCGGACUAUGACCAGGAGGAGUUUGAGGAGGUUCACGGGAGCUCAGGUGCUAGCACCAACGAUGGCCAUAUCACAGAUGAGGAGGUGCUACGAAAAUCCUCCUGCACCCAGAACAGCCUGGACUCUUUCAGAGGCAGCUCGGACUCGUUCAUUGACAGCGACGAGGACAAUGAUGGCUAUGUGGACACAGAUGAGGAAGUUUCCAAUGGGAGAGUGAAUCUGCUGAAUGGCAGCGGGCCUCCAUACUUCCACGGCUACCUCUACAUGAAGAGUGGUCUGAUGAUCCCGUGGCGUCGUCGCUGGUGCGUGCUCAAGGACGAGACCUUCAUGUGGUUUCGGGCCAAGCAGGACUCCCUCAAAUCCGGCUGGCUUUACAAGAAAGGAGGAGGGAUGUCCACCUUGUCUCGGCGCAACUGGAAGAUGCGCUGGUUCGUUCUGCGCGAGUCGAAGCUCAUGUACUUUGAGAACGACAGCGAAGAGAAGCUGAAGGGAACCAUUGACAUCCGCUCAGCAAAGGAGAUAGUGGACAAUCAUGAGAAAGAAAAUGCACUGAAUAUUGUGACUGAGGAGAGAACCUACCACAUCUAUGCAGAGUCCCCAGAAGAUGCCAGUGGUUGGUUCAGUGUGCUGAGUCGGGUCCACAGCGCCAGCCCCGACCAGCUCAUGGAGAUGCACCAUGAACAGGCCAACCCAAAGAAUGCAGUGGGCACACUAGACGUGGGUUUGAUUGAUUCUGUUUGUGCAUCGGACAACCCCGACAGACCAAACUCGUUCGUGAUCAUCACGGCUAACCGGGUGAUCCACUGCAACACGGACACACCUGAGGAGAUGCACCACUGGAUCGGCCUGCUGCAGAAAUCGAAGGGAGACUCCAGGGUUGACGGACAGGAGUUCUUAGUCAGAGGCUGGUUGCAUAAAGAGAUGAAGUCAGGAGCCAAGAGCACGUCUCUGAAGCUGAAGAAGCGCUGGUUUGUUCUCACCAGUAACUCUCUGGACUACUACAAGUCAUCAGAGCGCAGUGCCUCCAAACUGGGAACUCUGGUCCUCAACAGCCUCUGCUCUGUGGUGCAGCCCGAUGAGAAGAUCUUCAAGGACACUGGUUAUUGGAAUAUAAUCGUCCAUGGGCGAAAGCACUCUUACCGUCUUUACACCAAAAUGCUGAAUGAAGCCAUGAGGUGGGCGAAUGCCAUACAGGGGGCAAUAGACAGCAAAGUUCCCAUUGAAACGCCGACACAGCAGCUCAUCAGGGACAUCAAGGAGAGCAGUUUAAAUGUGGAGGCUGUUGAGCAGACAUACUGGAGGAACCCCAUCCUGAGAUAUACCCAGCAUCCCUUGCACUCCCCUCUUCUACCUCUGCCCUAUGGAGAUGUCAGCGUCCACUUGCAAAAGGAAAAGGGUUACACCAGCCUGCAGGAUGAGGCCGUGAAGAUCUUCAACUCACUGCAGGAGAUGGAGGCAGUUUCUGACCCUGUUCCAAUCAUCCAGGGAAUCCUGCAGACCUGUCAAGACUUGAGGCCAUUAAGAGAUGAGGUUUACUGUCAGUUGAUCAAACAAACCAAUCACGUCCCGCACCCCAACAGUCCUUCCAAUCGCGCCCACUGGCAUCUCCUGACCUGUAUGAGCUGCACCUUUCUGCCCAGCCGAGGCAUCUUACGCUACCUCAAGUUUCACCUCAAAAGGAUUAAGGAGCUGUUCCCUGGUACAGAGAUUGAAAUGUUUGCCCAUUUCAUUGGUGAGUCUCUGAAGAAAACCAAGACCAGAGAGUUUGUUCCCUCCCAGGAGGAAAUCAUGGCACUGCUCACCAGACAGGAAAUGACAACCACAGUCUACUGCCACGGAGGAGGCUCCUGCAAGAUCUCCAUUAACUCACACACCACCGCUGGAGAGGUGGUUGAGAAGCUAAUCAGAGGUCUGGCUAUGGAGGACAGCAGGAACAUGUUUGCUCUCUUUGAGCACAACAACACUAUUGACAGAGCUGUGGAAAGCAGGGUCCUUGUGGCUGAUGUUUUGGCUAAAUUUGAAAGACUGGCUGGCAGCGAGGAAGCUGAGGAUGAAGGCCAGUGGAAACUUUAUUUCAAGCUCUACUGCUUCCUGGAUGUGGAGAGCAUGCCCAAGGAAGGGGUGGAGUUUGCCUUCAUGUUUGAGCAGGCCCAUGAGAGUCUGACCAGAGGCCACUUCCCUGCUCGUGAAGAGACCCUGCAGCACCUGGCCGCUCUGCGCCUGCAGUUCUUGUUCGGAGACAAAGCACGUGUCACCUGGAGCCUGGAAAACGUCUACCCCGUGGGCCGCCUGCGCACUCGCAUCUUGCAGUUCACCAAGGUGGGUGGAGCUUCGGGGUCGGGCCAAACUCUGGAGCGUCGGAGGACUAGCUUCCUGGAUGGGACGCUGCGUCGGGGGUUGAAGACGGGCUCAAUGAAGAAGCAGCGCCUGGAGGAGGAGCAGAUGUUGGAGAUGUGGAUAAAGGAGGAGAUGUCCGCCACCAGAGCCAGCAUCGUGGAAAAGUGGUCUCGCCUCAAGGGUCUGGAUCAGCACCAAGCCAUGCUCAAAUACAUGACCAUCAUCAAAGAGUGGCCUGGAUAUGGAUCCACACUGUUUGAUGUCGAGUGCAAAGAAGGAGGCUUCCCUCACGAUCUCUGGUUGAGUGUGAGUGCUGAGAAUGUGUCUGUCUACAAGAGAGGAGAACCCAAGCCUCUGGAGACAUUCCCAUAUGAGCACAUCAUCUUCUUUGGCGCUCCGCAGCCCUGCACCUACAAGAUCACCGUGGAUGAGCGAGAGAUGUUCUUUGAAACACCACAGGUUGGUGAAAUCACAAAAAUCAUGAAAGCCUACAUAAACAUGAUCGUGAAGAAGCGCUGCAGUGUGAAGUCUGUCUCCAGUUAUGGAACCAACUGGAUCAGGUGAUUGACUGUACAGGACACAAUAUGGACUCAGCCACUGUUCACCUGAACUAGUAAGAGCAAGAUGUAGAAAUGAGAAGAGCAACAAAUCACUUUGACAGAAAUCGUUUCUCAGAGCUUUUGACUGGCUUCGUAGCAACGCAAACAAACUCCAUCCAGAAAGAUUCCUUUCUUAGGAGACACAAAAAAUUGGUGAUGUCUUUACUGAUUGUGGCAAGUGUGGGAACAGUGACACAUCUGCACCAUUUUAAGCUUUACAGUCGUCCUGAGUGUUGCCUCCCUCCAUGCAGUCUCCAAACCUGUUACUCUCAUUAGUUACACUGGUCAUUUUUAUCAUGCUACUUGAAAUGUAAUUCAGGUGUCAUUUGGUGGAUUUCAUUUCAAUAUCCAGAGAAGGAUGGACAGAGCUCUCCGGCUUUUUUUCCACCACAUAUUUCAAAUAAUUCAAGUCACACAUUCACAAUUUCCAAAAAUAGUGAAUUUCUUUCAAGCCUUUCUUUCAGGCCCCAAACUGUGUAAAAGAAUGUGUUGCAGUGGCAAACAUACACUGACCAAGUUGUCACAUUUUUAAGUGUUUUUUUUCUACAGAAUAUUGCGGCCCAUUGUAAUGAAUGUUCUCCUGAAUGGAGAUUCCCUCAGGUUAAUGUGUAAUAUAACUGUCAUCAUCCCAGGGAGAUUAUCUCCCUCAUUUUGCCUUAUUUAAGUUUUUACUGUAGCUAUUUAAUCUGGAUUAACAGUGCAAAUGUGGCCUUUUCGGGAAUGGAGUGUAAAUUUUGGGGUGCUGAGUAUAUUGAUGAGUCAUGCUUCCAUGGGUGCAUGUGCCACAAAAGCACAUCCCUAUACUAAACAAAAAAACAGAAGAAAUUUUGCUUACUAUAAGUCAAAUAAAUGGAGCAAAUAAAAACAUUUUGUGUGAAUAACCACUGCAUCAGUGGAGAUGCAACGUCUGUAACCACUGCAGUACAGUAUUUUCUCAAAAGGCAUCAGUACUAAAAUCAGUUGAACUGUUUGAGCUCCUAGAACAAGUACUUUGCAUUGAGCUGAUUUAACGUGUACUGAGUUGAGGAUGUGUCUUUGAAACUUUUUGUAGUUGAAACUGAUGUUCAAGGAUGUGUUUUAGGAAGCAAGCAUGGUAUCGCCUGUUCAUUGUGUCUGUGUCUAAAGAAUGUGUCUUUUCUUGUCAGUGAUGUCAAAGGCCAUGUGAGGGGUGGGGUAUUUAUUUAUUGAAGUGUCAACAAAUUGGGAGAAUAAGCUCAGAGAAGUGAACUGUGUGCUGGAAAUGUAAUGAUGCAGUUUUGCUAGUACUUUGUUUUUCUGUUAUGUGUGUGUUCAGGGACACAAAGAUUCAGAAACAGACAAGUUGUUCAUAAUUUACUAUUGAUUAUCCCAAUUUUUAAGCCCUGUUUCUGACCUUUUGUCAACAUGACAUAACCUAAGUGUGUUGCCCUCAGCACCCAACAUGUUCAAUUCCCUUUCCUGUCUCGCUAACCAGAGGAGAUUUCCUCUGAAGGCCACUGUAAAUGAACAAGGAUUCAAGCUUAUGCCAAUCAACCUACAGUAUAUUUCAUGAUAAUAAUGAUAUGAUCCAAACUUAAUGAUCUUAGUAUUUACCUCACAUUGCAUCACUGUCUUCCAUUGCUCUCUGAUCGUACUCACUUAGGCGUUCUGGUCAGCUGCCGGCGGCCACACCAGAGACUGAUCUUGCCAUUGACGAUGACUGUAUUUCUGAGAUUUCUGAUUGUUUUGAAGAAGAAAAAUCAGAAAAUGUUUUAUAUCAGAAUUUAA